UGAAGCGGAACCAACGAGUUGUACAAAUGCUGGGAGCGGCGGCCUCAGCAGCAACAGCGUCGUCAACUGCAAGAUGCGUGACGAACAACUGCGGGAAUCGAGCGGGACGCUUCAAGUUGAAAUUGCCGGUCCGUCCUCGUCCAGGGCGGCGUUGGUGGCAGCAGUCGACCCGGAAACGCUCAUGCUCCUCCCACCGCCACCGCAACAACUGCAACCGCAGCGGAUAGUGCCCGAGAGCCUGGAACGCAUCGUCGAGCAACUAGUGCUGCAGAAUGUGGAAAUCCAACGGAUCCUGCAGCGCAAGAAGCGGAGGGCGGCCGAGCGCCAACCGUCGGCCUCGUCGUCGUCGUCCUCGUCGCGCCCCUACGUCGUCUGCUCCGAGUCGACGACGCUGGACGAGGGCAUCUACGACACGCUCCUCUCGCCCUCGGGACCCGGCAGCAUGAUGGAAGCGGUCGGAGGUGUUUUGUCGGACAUUGACGGCGACUACGUCACGAUCCGGGCCGAGGGCGGAGGAGGAGUGGGAGGUGGACACUUUAGCCGCUGCCAUUUGCGCCACUCGCUGGGCAACAAGACGCCAGAAAGUAUGGCCGAUUCGUCUCAAUUGGCCGGCCUUUCCAACGCCUUUUCCUGCCAGCAGCAGCUGCAAAAAGGCCACCCUCAGCCGCUCGCUGUCGUGUCCAGCACGUGGCCAGCAGGCCGUUCGAGUGGCCAAGAAAUUGGAAGCCUCGAUCGCCGAGAGUGGCGCCACCGCCGCCUCGCUGGCAACAGUCGGCGGCCGCAUCCAGAAACUCUUGAACCACAUUGGCUCGCCGGAUCACUGGUCCAACUGGAUCCGUUCCUUGUCGCCGCCGCAGCGGAGGACUUGGACCGACUUGCAGUCGGUCGAGCCGGAUGCCAGCAGCACCAGCCGGAGUCGCUCGAGGAGGGAACCCAUCGACUUGGACGUCGAUCCCUUGAACAUAUCGACCAGCCCUUGCGUUCCUUCCGUCUGGCUCCAGAUGCAGAGCGAACAUCUGGCGGAGCCGUGCAAGAAAUCCGGUUCACUCCCCCGCAGUUUCCAGACUCCACCGGAUGUCAAGUCCCGUUGGAUGGAUCGACCAGUCACCAUCGCAUCCGAUCGUCCGGCUCCCAUCGACCUUCAGACGGACGCCCUCGAGCUCUACAUCCGCUCGCAGACAGAGCGGCCGUCUGAUCAGACGGAUCAGCAUUCGACCACCGAAGGGUUCGACGAUAGUUUGACCGACAUUCCCAGUACGCCUCGCGUCAGCACGGACAACAUCCACGUCCAUCCGGAUUACAAAAUCUACCGCAGGAGCGCCUCCCAAGUCGUCGCUGAAGACGGUCUUGUCUUCCGUGUCCUCUAAGCUCCGCUCGGGCUCUGAGCACUUUUGGGGGUCGCUCUUCAGUUUGAGCCACGACGACAGCGGCACGGCUUCCUCGUCGUCGGCCGGCCGGCAGCACAGCAAAGUCGUCCACUACCUGGCCAGCCGCUACGCCCAUUUGCAGAGGCAGCGUCACAACAGCCUGCAGCACAACGGCAACAGUCCGGCCGCGGCCGCUCACAGCGCCGCCGUGGGCGCCCGCAUCGCCAACUUGUCUGAUUCGACCGAUUACGUCAUCCCCAAGUACAGCUGCUCACCCGCAACGC